AAACCCCAAAAAAAACAACAACAAUAUGAAAAUGAUGGAAAAGCUGAAGCCGGAGUUUGAGGAGAGCAGUCCCGGGGGGGAGGCGUGUGGCUCCCCGCGGCACGGCACGACGUCAACGAGUCUUGCGGUGGAAUGGGGCGACGGGUGCAGGAAACAGGAAGGCACGACGACGGCGGCGGACUCUGCGGAGAGGAGCCGGCGGGGAGGCGAGACCCUCCCAGGGGAGCACUGCAAGGGGACUCUCAUCACUAAUGGCGUUGCCAAGGAAACGGCUUACGACGCCGACGCGCCGAAAGAGGAAGUGCCAGCGCUCGAGCUGGCCAGGAGAGGAGGGACGAGCGCGGAUAUAAAAAGCGGGGAGCACGCGGCGGACGGCAGUCACACGGUGCAGACCACCGAGCUGUGCAGACCUCCGGUUCCACUGCCCCUGCCUCCCCGCGACCCGCUGCGCGAAACUCGAAUGGUGCAGUUGAGACCUCCCGUGUUCCCACUCCCAGCCAGAGCGAUGCUGUACAGCAACAUGGCGCAACCGCUCGGCGCCCUGAACAGCGGUUUUGGCGGUGAUCCGGACCAAUACGGCAUGUAUCCCAGCAACCGGGUGAAGCGUCGACCUGCGCCGUACGAGGUUGAAAUCACUGAGGCCGGGCAGCCCAAGGUGGUUCGGCGGAUCUUCACGAACAGCCGCGAGCGCUGGAGGCAGCAGAACGUGAACGGCGCCUUCGCGGAGCUGCGGAAGCUGAUCCCCACGCACCCGCCCGACAAGAAGCUGAGCAAGAACGAGAUCCUGCGGCUGGCCAUGAAGUACAUCAACUUCCUGUCCAAGCUGCUGAGCGACCAGGAGGACGGGGAGCCGGGCGGGCGGGCGCGGGACGGGCCCCGCGAGGCCACGCUGGUGCGGGAGGACCUCCUGCAGGGCGUGCUGUCCCCCAACUCCAGCUGCGGGAGCCUCCUGGACGGGGAGGGCAGCCCCGAGAGCUUCACCGAAGACCAGGACUCUCCCGCGGAGUCGCACCCCGCCCCCCACGGCCUGCGCCUCCCGGGGCUUCCCUCGGACGCAGGGGCCCGCCGAUGA